GAUAUCACAGAAAAGGGCUACCAGAAAAAGAAAGCCAAACUUCUAGCGCCAUAUUUGGAUUCACGUGCACACACUCCUCCGAUCGCCACAAACAUCCACCAGUCCCACACAACUCAAAGUGGAGUUCACAUUCCUUGCGGUGCUAUCCAGUUACCUGGUCUGACUGGCAAUGGUGGCCUGGAUUCUUGUGUGUCCACACAUGUGUUGCGUUCCACAGGAUCCUCUUCUGAAGAUGGACAGGAUCAGUCAGCAGACAGCAACGGUCGGAUAGCUCCAGAAUCGUCGCAACCGUCCGAAGAGAAUGGAUCAUUGUCUAAUCGAGUACCAAAUCGUCGGUAUCUACGGGACGAUAAUCGCUAUCGUUCCGCUUUGUUCGCUUCUGUAGCUUUUCAAUUUUACAGUCUGCCGCCUCGACCGUUUGGCUUGUCCCGCAAACCGAACAGUAUGGCUAUGCGUGUCUGA